AUGGAAUUAGAGGAGAUUUUACUCGAGCGCAGUACUUUGAAACGCAAGAGAGUGAUCGCAAAUGAGCUGGAUAACGAUUUUACUAACACGCCGGAAAGACUAGCAGAGCUUUACGGGCAGUACGCUAAAUUACGAGCCGAAUUAUUGGAGCAACAAAGGCAAUUAAGCGGCCUGGAAAUAACAAAGUGGCAUGAAACAACAACUCAAUUGCAUCCAGCAUCAGAAGUUUUGAAAGAUCUAAGAGAGGAUAAGACAAUCAAAGCUCCUCUUUUAACGCAAGCUUGGUUGAAGUUUUAUGAGAUUCUCUGGAAUGUUCCGGAGCUGAUCGCGGAUUCUCCGAACGUCGGGAAAGGUGGUUUCAACUCGUUGCAUUUAUGCGAAGCUCCAGGAGCGUUUAUAUCCGCGCUGUUGCAGUACUGGGCAUCUGAAUAUCGCAGAUACAAUUACUUCCCCGACUGGCGAGCAGCAACACUUAAUCCCCACCAUGAAGAGUCCGAUCCAGGAGCAGUUAUAAGAGUCGACACUCUUAUUUUAGAAUUCCCUCACAGAUGGGUAUUUGGCACAGACAACACUGGUAAUAUCUUCAAUUUCGGCUCUCUCGCCAACUUGAAGGGGAAGCAAUUUUCGUUGGUGACAGGAGAUGGUGGGGUUGAUUGCUCCGCUGAUCCAGAAUUUCAGGAGGAGAAUAGUGCCGAGCUUAAAACAUCCGAAUAUAAAGCGAUUUGCUACAAACUGAAAAACAAGGGAAACGCAGUGUUAAAACUCUUCUGCUGCUGCCACGAAAGUUCGCUAAAGAUCCUGGAGUCAGCUGCGUCGUCUUUUCAAAUCGUUGAGCUUGUGAAACCGGCGUCCAGCAAGGCUGGGAACUCGGAGCUAUAUUUGAUCAUGCGGGGCUAUUUUGGUAGAAUGGCACCGCUGGAGAACUCGGCGGGGUUUCUCGAAGCCAAUCUUGAUGUGAUAAGAUUUUUCAUAAAUCGACAAAGAAAAGCGAUUGCGGAUAAUCUCGAGUUCGAGAAAUGCAACAAAGAUUGGAACAUCGACAUGUCGCAAUUCGUCCUAAGCAACAAGCAAAUUCUAUCGAACAAAAUGAACCUCGCUAAUUUGAAAGAACACCCGUGGAGCCAUAUAAAAUUCAACACAACUAUCUUUGAUGGACGCAGACGACAAGGAAACUUACACGAAAGAAAGAAUCGUGAACUUCUUUGCCUCAAAGAACUGGAGAGUGAUUUGGAAAAGAUGAAAAAUCAACGGCUGCCGAAUAUCAAAAGAUUUCAGACGUGUCGAUUUAGAUUUACAAAAUUGGGGAUCGUCAAGAGUCCGAAACGAUUAGAAAAAAUCACGAAUUCGUUGACAGUUAGUGACCAUUGGAUGUCUUGGUACAGCGCAUUGAUCAAAUACCGCCCUGAAUUAUUCAAUAAAGCUCAACUCAUCUCAGAUGAAUGCCCCUACCCGCGAAAUAUUAAGCGACUUAUUGACGAUCCAUCGACAUUAAACUUGUCCCGCGAAAACACAUCAAUGUUAGAAGAUUCCAGCUUCAAAAUGGUCCACGUCAAGGUGCAGGGCAGCGUCGGCGUUGCCUGGCCAGAACUAAUCAUUCGCAACCACUUCAUUUCGGACUUGAGGGAGGCGAUUCGGCUUUUGGACAAGAAUGGACACUUGAUCUUGGAAAUUAACCAUACUACGUUUGCUUCAAGGCUGAGUGCUCAAUUACUCGUUCUUCUCUUCAACACUUUCGACAGCGUAGAACCAAUAAUUCCAGCGCGCGGAUAUAUCAUUUACAUUCUCAGAAGAAUGGUCCCCAAAAAACCAUUCCAACAUAACGGAACGAAUAACGUUCUAAAUUGGUUUCCAACGAUUCAACGAGAACUAGAAUCAGAAGAAGUCCUCGAACUCUUUCCCAUGAAAUUGCUGGCUAUCGAACAUAAUCUUCUGCGACAUCUGAGGAAGGUGAACGACUGGCUCAUUCAAUGCACCUGUCUUGCUCUGUUGGAUAAAGAAGAGAGGGAAAAUUUGAUAGUUAGGAAAAGCCCGGUGUUGAGGGAGAAAGAGAAUUUGAAAAACGAUAUUAGGCCUUCGAUAAAAGAAACAUGCGAUAAGCUUUGUUCGAUAAUUUGCUCAAGAAUCAAACGAAAAGAAAGUGGAAAUAUUUUGCUCAUUGGCGCUCCUGGUUCUGGAAAGUCCUUUAUCAUCAAAAAUGCGAUCGAGCAAGCUUCGGAUCAAGUUGGCGAAAUCAAAGAAACGUACAUUUCUGGCUUGACGGACAUCAAGAACAUUUCCUCCGCGCUGGAUUUUGAGUUUGAUCCAAAUCAACCGGAAGUGAUCAUUUUAGAAGAAUUAACAAUUCUGGCUGCUCAGGAGCGAUGGCUUUAUGGGCUGCUGGAGGAAGCGCGCAAAGCAAGCAAAUUGGUAGUGGCGACUUCCUUGAAGAUUGACGCGCUCGAGGCGCUGGAAAAGCGAAUCAGGAGCCGUUUUGCUAGUGCCGUUCAUCUGAUUCCACCAGCUUCUGACAAAGAACUCAUCGAAAUCGCAAAAGAAGAUUUACUGUCUGUCAUGCCGCGGGAAAAGAAUUUCCGAGAACUGUGGGAAGAAUCCGUAGAAGAUGGAUUCAUGGGACUUUACGACCAUUUGAUCGACUACGCAAAGGUUUCGACUUCUAUAGCCGAUUUCAAGUCGUUGUUUGUUCCUGCUAUCGCUGCUCUUGAUCCUCAACAGCCAGAAUUACCGGCGGAAAUCGUCCUCCAGCAAAUAGAAUCAAGAAGCAAUAAAGAUCUACUCUUUGGUUGCUCGGUUUUUGAACUGAUUAUUCUUCUUUGCUACGCCUCGUUGAUCAAGAAAGAUACGGCAGAUAUUCACCUCAUCGCAGUCUAUCAAGAAUAUCUAGUUUGGAAACGACAGCAUCAACAGAAAAAGUACGAGAUUCCAAGAACCGAAGUAAAGAAAUGCUUCGAGCGACUUCUCCAACUCGGAGUCAUUGAAUACGUCAAGAAAGAAAAGGCAACUCAGAAAGUUUAUCAACCAACUCGACUCAGAUUCACUCUGGCUGACUUGAAUCAAGCAAUUUGCACGUCGCCAAUUCUCCCAAACGAAAUUCGCGACACCGCUGGUCAAUUGAUGGCUGGAUAA